AUGUUCAGCGCCGAGGCCCUGUUCAACGCCGGCGCCGUGCUCGGCGCCGGCGGGGAGGGCGAGGUCCGGCGCGUCUUGCUGGGCGGCAAGGAGUACGCGGUCAAGCGUUAUAACGAGGACAGCUGGGCGGCGGAGUUUUCGCUCCGCCGCGAGCUGGAAUCGCCCUGGCUGGCGGUGCCGCUGGCAGUGAACCAAGGCGCGCAAUAUGCAUACGCCCUCAUGGAGUUGGCAGCAGGCGACCUGCAGCAAGCCAUCACCAGCCUGCACGCAGCGCAGGCAGGAUCGCACGAGGGCGGCGGCGGCCUCAUGGAGCCAGAUGCUUUCAGGGCGGUCGCCGCCGAGCUUGUCGCGGCCCUGGGAGCCCUGCACUCACGCCGCGUGCGGCACGCGGACUUCAAGCCCGCAAACAUUCUCGUCACUCAAAACAACCACCUGCGCAUCGCGGACUUCGGCCUGGCCAGAGCGAUGACGCAGCACGCCUUCACUUGCGGCACGCAGUUCGUUAUGGCGCCGGAGCAGUGCGCCAGCAGCACCCUUGUCAUGACAUCUCUCCGCAUGUGGCUCUUAGACAUGGCAUAUUGGCUCGGAUGGGGCGGCGACCAUCGGCCUGUCGACGUGUGGGCGCUGGGAGUGUCGAUGCUGAUGCUGUUCAGGCCAGACGAGGCGGGGGAGCUGGUGCAAUCUGCCCAGCGGCGACGCCCCUCGUGGCACGGCAAGUGCAAGCUGCUGCCGGCCUGGCUGCCGGCUGACCUGGCUGACCUCAUCUUUGGUGCCAUGCUGGUACGGCAGCCGGGCAGGCGUUUGACCGUUGAGCAGAUCAAGCACCACCCGUUCUUCGCGGGGGUGGACUGGCCAGCUGUUGAGGCGCACAAAGUGCCCCUGCCCCUCGACCUUGUUGCGCUGGCGGCGGCUGCGCGCAACAAUUCUGAUGUCGUUGGACAGUCUGCUGGCUGUUAG